AUGUCAGCUGAUGCAGAAUUUAAGGAGAAGGUUGCCGAGACCCUGGCGCCUCAGACGUUGAACGAAGGACCUGCUGCUCCUCAGCUUGGUCCCGACGGCGAACCCGUACAAACCAAAAGUGCCGCUAAGAAGGCGGCCAAGUUGGCUGAAAAGCAAGCCAAGCUCGCAGCCAAGCAGACCAAGCAGGUCGUAGCACCUGCAGCUGGUGGAGCCAAGAAGGAAAAGGCCAAGAAGGAGGAGAAGGUUGAGGAGGCGUUCGUCAACACGACGCCCAAGGGAGAGAAGAAGGAUGUUUCGGGUGACCUGCCGAAGACGGCUUACAACCCCUUGGCUGUCGAGGCUGCCUGGUAUGACUGGUGGGAGGCCAAGGGCUUUUUCCAGCCUCGUUACAAGGAGGGUACCGAGAAGCUCAUCGAGGACGGCCGAGGCGUAAACUACACCGGUGAACACCGAGACGAAGGGACUUUCGUCAUCCCCAUUCCUCCUCCCAACGUUACUGGAAGCUUGCACACCGGACACGCUCUCGCUGCUACUCUCCAGGACACUCUGAUCAGGUAUUACCGAAUGAAGGGGUACACGACGCUGUACCAUCCUGGGUUCGACCAUGCCGGUAUCUCCUGUCAGGCUGUUGUGGAGAACAGGCUGUUGAAGACCGAGGGUAAGAGUCGGCAUGACUAUGGUCGAGAGAAGUUCGUCGAGAAAGUCUGGGACUGGAAGGAAGUCUACCAAGAAAAGAUUUCUUCCCAAUUCAAGAGGAUCGGUAUUUCGGCCGACUGGAACAGGUCUGCCUUCACGCUCGACGAGCGAUGCGACAAGGCUGUUAGAGAGAACUUUUACCAGCUGCACAAGAAGGGCCUACUUUACCGUGCCAACCGAUUGGUCAACUGGUGUGUUAAGCUGAACACUACCCUAUCGAACCUUGAAGUCGACCAGAAGGAUCUUAAGGGAAAGACGUUCUUGAACGUUCCCGGUUACGACAUCAAGGAAAAGUUCGAAUUUGGUACCAUCACUUCGUUCGCCUACGAGAUUGAGGACACCGAUGAGAGGAUCGUUGUUGCAACCACUCGUAUCGAGACCAUGUUGGGAGAUACCGCUGUUGCCGUGCACCCGGACGACGACCGAUACAAGCACUUGAUUGGGAAAUACAUCAAGCACCCGUUCGUCGACCGCCGAUUCCCUAUUGUUGCCGAUGACAUCACCGUCGACAUGGCAUUCGGAACCGGAGCCGUCAAGAUCACCCCCGCUCAUGACCCCAACGAUUAUGAAUGUGGAAAGAGGAACAAUCUCGAAUUCAUCAACUUGAUGAAUGAUGACGGAACUUACAACGACAACGCCGGGGAGCAGUUCAAGGGAAUGAAACGAUAUCACGUCCGAACGGCCGUAUUGAAAGCCCUCAAGGAGAAGGGCCUGUACGUCGAGACCAAAGAUAACCCGAUGCAGAUCCCCAUUUGCAGCAAAUCCGGCGACAUUAUUGAAAGCAUCAUGAAGCCUCAAUGGUGGGUCAACCUGAAGGAUGCGGCCGCCGAGGCUACCAAGCGUACCGAGGCUGGAGAGUUGAAGAUUUUGCCGAAGAGCUCCGAGGGCGAUUAUUACCGAUGGAUGCGAGAUAUGCAGGAUUGGUGCAUUUCCCGGCAGCUCUGGUGGGGCCACCGAUGUCCUGCCUGGUUACUGAUCAUCGAUGGCAAGAGGCCCGACCCCUCUGAUGACAAGAGCUGGAUCAUCGAGAGAUGCGAGGAGGAUGCCAUGGAGGCCGCGAAGAAGAUUGCAGACGGACGACCGUUUACCAUUGAGCAGGAUGAUGACGUUUUGGACACCUGGUUCUCCUCUGGUCUUUGGCCGUUCGCCAUCCAGGGUUGGCCUGAGAAGACCGACGAUAUGAACAGCUUCUACCCCGCUAGCUUCUUGGAGACAGGUUGGGACAUUCUGCCCUUCUGGGUCGCACGAAUGGUCUUGCUGGGUAUCGUUUUGACCGACAAGAUGCCCUUCAGUGAGGUCUACUGUCACGGUCUCGUCCGGGAUCCCGAAGGCAGGAAGAUGUCAAAAUCGCUUGGAAACGUUGUUGAUCCCAUCGACCUGAUCGAGGGUUCUACGCUAGAUGCGCUGCGAAAGCAGUUGGAAGGAGGAAACUUGGCCGAUGCCGAGAUCAAGCGCGCGGCUGAGGGCCAAAAGAAGCUCUUCCCCAAGGGAAUUCCCCAGUGUGGUACCGAUGCGCUGCGUUUCGCUUUGUGUAACUACACUACCGGAGGUCAAAACAUCUUGAUGCAAAUCAACGACGUUGAAGGAUACCGAAAAUUCUGCAACAAGUUGUGGAAUGCCACUAAAUUCUGCAUGUUCAAGCUGGAUAUGGUUGACAUCGACGGAGCCAGGCUUCAAUCGAACUUUAUUCCCAACAAGACCGAUGCUAAAACCGGGAACGAGACUCUGGCAGAACGGUGGAUCUUCCACAAGCUUAACCAAGCCGCCAUCAAAGUCAACAAAGCCUUCGAAUCGAGGAAUUUCCAUGAUGCUACCGAGGCGGUUCACGGAUUUUGGCUUUACGAACUCUGCGACGUCUUCAUCGAAGCCACCAAGCCGUUCACGACCGACGAGACUCCUGCUGACGUCAAGAAGUCCGUCCAGAACACGAUCUACACCGCUCUGGAAUCGGCCUUGCGUUUGGUCCACCCGAUCAUGCCCUACGUCUCAGAAGACUUGUGGCAGAGGCUGCCUCGAAGACCCGACGAGAAGAGCGAGACUAUCAUGCUUUGCGCCUUCCCGUCUGAGCGAGCCGAUUACCACGAUCCUCAAGCCGAGAAGGACUUUGAUUUGGUUUUCGACUGCAUCCGAGCCGCCCGAUCUAUCAUUGCCACUUUCGGUCUACCUACUAACGGAAAAACGCCGGAAGAGAGGCACGAGAUUUAUGUCCAGGUUGACAGCGAAGAGACAGCGAAGAUGAUCUCAUCGCAGGUCCCCAUCUUCGAAGCCCUGAUCAAGGGUUGCAGGGAGAUCAAAAUCGUCACCAAAGCUGAGGAUGUUCCUGCUGGAUGUGGCACCGAGCAGAUCAGUGUCCAGGCCAUCGUCCAUGUUCCUGUCAAGGGCAAGAUUGAUGCCGCCCAGGAGAUCAGCCGACUGGAGAAGAAGGUCGUACUUGCCAACACCAACGCCGACAAGAUCAAGAAGCUCCAGAGCCAGGACAACUACGAGACUGCUCUUCCCGAGAAUGUGCGACAGAAGAAUGCUGACCAGCUACGCGGUAUCGAGGCCGAGAUCGAGACCUUGCGACUGGCCAUUGAGAAGUUCCAGAGCCUUGCCUAG